AUGACUAGCAAAGCUAAAGCUCUUGAAGCGUACCGCGAAGAUGCAAAAGGCGGUCAUACCAUAUUGACGGCAGAGGAACGACGCAAGCUUAUCGAAGGGUUAGAGAGAUUACCCGAACACGUUAGUGUGAUAUUGAAUCUGGAGGAUGGGGCAAGAGGAGGAGCAGGGCUGGAGGCUUUGGUUGAUGAGGUAGCGGAGAUUACAGCAUGGUGUGCAUGUGUAGGAAUUCCAAUGUUGUCGGUGUAUGAAAAGACUGCAUAUUUCUGUCCUGCUUCUUUCGGCUGA